CUUACAGAAGAAGGAAAGUCACCUAAACCUGAUGAGCAUCUUGAACAAUUAUUAAAAAACAUUGAUGAAAAAGAGAAGGUGUUGAAGAAUGAACAAAAAUCUGGAAAGGUCAAUCCAAGAAAAGGACAAACAAGUGAAAAACUCCAGAUCCAAAUAGAAAAUUUGACAGAAUGUAUUAAAACCACCAAGUUAUCAAAACAAGAUAAAAAGGACAACAAGACAAUUGUGUUAGGCACAUCAAAAGUCCAUUACCUAGACCCACGGAUCUCUGUUGCGUGGUGCAAAAAAUAUGAUGUGCCAAUUGCUAAUAUUUUCAACAAGACCCUCCGUGAAAAGUUCCAGUGGGCGUUGGAUGUAGAUGCAAAUUGGUUCAUGAUGAAUGUUGACGAGGCAAAAGAAUUACAAGAAGUUGUUAAACUCUUGACAGAAAAGCCUAUAAUAGAUCAUUCAAAAGUGAAAGAUAUUUAUGAGAUUGCAAAAAAAUUAAGAACGGGACUUCAAUUUGCUCACUUUAAAGUAAAGUGGGGUUUACAAAAUUGUGAUAUAUCAACAUGCGAAAGAAUGGUAGAACAGAAAUUAGAAGAUUAUAAAAAAUAUCCAAAUAAGAAAAGAAUACAUCUUCCAUGCUAUGUUUCUCCUGUACCUCCAUCAAAAAAUAAAUUUCCCGAUGAAAAGGCUAAAGCCGUCUUCAAAAUACUUGAUUCACUAGAUUUGAUUGAGUGUCCGGGAACUCCACCAAACCAAAUUAGAUCAAUUAAUGACGUGAAAACUGCAUUUUCAUUAAGUGAAUAUUUGAAUAUGUCUCCUAUGCAGCAGUAA